AUGACCAGUGAUAUCAAAGCAUCCGUCCUCCAUGGGGCGAGAGAUCUCCGAGUUGAAGCCCGACAGCUUUCUGAACCGGCCUCCGAUGAAGUCCAAGUAGCCGUACAGAUGACCGGCCUUUGCGGCUCGGACCUGCACUACUUCCGACAUUUUCGGAAUGGUCCGAUCGAGGUGCGUGAGCCGAUAACCUUAGGUCACGAAUCGGCUGGUACCGUCGUUGCCGUGGGCGAGGGUUAUUCCUCUGCACAAUCUAUAAAGGUCGGUGACCGUGUCGCUCUCGAAGUCGGUCUACCCUGUGAAGUCUGCGAUCUAUGUCGCGGAGGCCGUUACAACAUCUGCCGCGGCAUGAGCUUCCGCAGCUCCGCGAAGGCUUUCCCGCAUGCUCAAGGGACGCUCCAAGAUAGGAUUAACCACCCGGCAAGAUGGUGCCAUAAACUACCAGAUACUCUAUCAUUAGAGCACGGGGCUCUUGUAGAACCCCUGUCUGUUGCAAUACACGCCCGGAACCGUGCCGGGCUGAAAUCCGGAUCAACCGUUCUGAUAUUGGGCGCUGGUACCGUAGGACUGCUCUGCGCAGCCGUUAGCAAGGUAGCUGGAGCCAAGACCGUUGUGAUAGCGGAUAUACUCGAGGACCGCGUCAAGUUCGCCGUCGAUAACGGAUUCGCCGAUGCCGCAUUCACGGUGCCGACAACUCCAAGACCUGAAGCUAUUGAAGAUCAAUUGUCAUAUGCGCAAUAUCUAGCCGAGAAGUUGAAGUCACUGAAGAUUAAAGAUGGAGCUGAUGCCGUUGGUGAAGCAAAUGUAACCUUUGAGUGCACAGGUGUUGAGUCGUGCAUGCAGGCGGCUAUAUAUGCGACGAAACCCGGGGGAAAGGUGAUGAUUAUCGGUAUGGGUAUGCCGGUUCAAACGCUACCCAUAAUGGCUGCGUCUCUCAAGGAAGUUGACUUAGUCGGAGUGUUCCGGUACGCCAACGCAUAUCGCGAAGCCAUCGAGCUACUUGCUAGCGGGAACAAGGUGCUGCCCGACGUUCUAAAACUUGUUACUCACCGAUUUCGAGGCCUUAGCGACGUUCCCGGCGCUUUUGACACGGCCGCCAAAGUAAAAGAUGAAAAGGGAGGUUUGGUUAUCAAGGUCAUGGUAGAUAUGGCGAAGUAG